AUGCUUUCUGCAACAGAUGAUGUUCAACAAUCAAAGAAUAUAAGUGACACAUCAUUACAAAAUGGAACAAUGGAACACUCAAAUAGUUUUAAAAAUUUUCUUCUUAAACCUGAAUUAUUACGUGCUAUUACGGAGUAUGGUUUUGAACAACCAUCUGAAGUUCAAUGUCAAUUAAUUCCACAAGCUAUUCUUGAUACAGAUAUUCUAUGUCAAGACAAAUCGGGUAUGGGUAAAACAUCUAUCUAUAUACUAGCAACACUUCAACAACUUCAACCUGUUGAUGGUCAAGUAUCUACAAUGGUUCUUUGUCAUACACGUGAAUUAGCAUUUAAUAUAUGCCGUGAAUAUGAACGUUUUUGUAAAUAUAUGUCAUCUGUGAAAGUUUCGAUAUUUUAUGGUGGUGUACCAAUAAAACAUCAUGAGGAUAUUUUAAAAAAUAAUUGUCCGCAUAUUGUUAUUGGAACACCUGGUCGAAUUUUAGCUUUAGCAAAUAGUAAAGCACUUAAUUUACAUUAUAUCAAACAUUUCAUUAUUGAUGAAUGUGAUCGAGUACUUGAAGAACUUGAUAUCCGUCAGGAUAUUCAAAAAAUAUUUCUAAUGACACCGAAGGAAAAACAAGUAUUAAUGUUUAGUGAAUUAAAUCAACAAAUUCGACCAAUCUGUAAGAAAUUCAUGCGAGAUCCAUUGGAAAUUUAUAUUGAUCAUCGAUUGAAAUUAACAAUUCAUAAUCGUGAUCAAUAUUAUAUCAAACUACAUGAACAUGAAAAAGAUCAAGCAUUGAUUGGUUUACUUGGUAAAUUAGAAUUUAAUCAAAUAGUUAUUUUUGUUAAAUCAGUCUCGCGUUGUAUGUCUCUAUGCGAAUUCUUAAGUAAAGAAAAUUUUUCUGUUGUUGAAAUUCAUCAUGAACUGACACAAGAAGAACGUUUGACACGUUAUAAAGAAUUUCAAGAAUCUCAAAACCGUAUUCUUGUUACAACAAAUUUAUUUCGAGGUGAUCUGAAGAUUGAGUAUGUUAAUAUUGUAUUGAAUUAUGAUACGCCAGAAAAUAUUAAUACUUAUCUUCAUUGUAUUGGUCGUGCUGCUCAUUUUGCUACAAAAGGUUUAGCAAUAACAUUUGUUUCAGAUGACAAUGAUGCGGCCAUUCUUAAUGAAGUUCAAAAUCGUUUCGAAGUACAUAUUACUAAAAUGCCGGAUGAAAUCAAUGCUUCUAUAUAUAGUAAGAAUGUUUUUUGA